AUGAUCUUCAAAGCCACCACCCUCCUCUCCCUGCUUGCCGCAACUCUAGCGGCCCCAGCCACUCUCCUCCCCCGCCAAACUGUUCCAGACUCCGCCUUCAACUUCAUCGCAAAAUAUACCGAUGCCUCCAUCUGCGAAAAGGAUAUGAACGCCCUCUACGGCAAAUUCUGGAUCGGCCGUGCUCCAUAUCCAUACUGCAGCAUCCGCAUGAACCCAAGGGACUGUCUCCGUCCCAACGUCACGGGUAUCCGUAUUGAAAAAUACAUAGAAUUCUCCGCAAACCUUUCUGCCAUCGCGGUGGAAAAGGUAUAUAUCCACCCACAAACACUUGCGCUUUCUUUCUCACGAGGAGGUGUUGAAGGCGCUGAUCCAGGGCUUCCAUUACCUGAGGGAGCUAUCACUAGAGGAUUUACUUUGGGGUUGAGGAAUGAUGGGUACUAUGAGUUGGGACAUAUUGAUGCUGGAUAUGGGUUCUUUGCGUGCCCGGCAGAGAGAGAUGGGGAGUUUCAGAUCUUCGUGGAUUACAAAUACGGAUUGACACAGAAGGAUAGUUGUCAUUAUUUUAUUCCGGCUGGGAAACCGACAGAUGCGAAGGCUAUUAUAUAUACUUAA